AUGUCACUUGAUGAGACCACGCUCCGGACUAAGGAGGCGGUUCACAAAAUACUCGAGGCCAAGUUAAACGGGACGAGAUCUCCAAAAGAGAAGACGCCUACUUUCGUGAAGUACACACCAACGUCAGUUUUCGAUGAAGGAGAGAACAAGCAACGGAUAAUCAAAAUCAAAGACAAGGAGCUGGAUCCCACAUUGCCACCUAGCGUGCGUAUUCGCAAAACUCCCCAAGGCCCUGAUGAAGCCCCUGUACCAGUAAUGCACGAAGAAACGACAGUGAAGCUCACAAAGGAGGAUCAACGCAAGUGGUAUAUACCCCCAGCUGUGUCCAAUUGGAAAAACACCAAGGGAUUCACGAUAGAUAUUGAUAAGCGUCUAGCGGCAGUUGGCCAAACCCACUCCACCGAAAUGAGCGAUAAGUUCGGUGAUUUGAGUGAUGCUUUGAAGGAUGCUAGUGAACAAGCAAAGAAAGAGUUGAAGCUUCGCGCCAAGCUGAAAAACCAGCUCGAACAACAAAAAGUGCUGGAGAACCAGGAAAAGCUACGUGCGGUGGCGCAGGAGGCACGGUCUGGCAAGCGUAGCAAGUGGGCAGACGACGAGCCUGAAGAGAUUAGCAAGAUCGCGAGCAAGCGGGAGCAGGCUCGAGCAGAGAGAAGAAGGCGCGCGGAACUGGAGUUGCGGAGAGCAAAAAUGGGUACAGAGACGAAGGUUAAGGUGCUGGCCGCGGAAGAUGGCCGCGAGAUUAGCGAGCGCGUUGCUUUGGGCGUGGCUUCUAGACAACAAGAGGCCAAUAAUCCUCAGAACCUAUAUGACGCAAGACUGUAUUUGAAGGGAGCAGCCAGCAACGUUCGUCACAGUGACGAUCAGCUAUACGAUAAGCCUUUAUUCGAAGCUCAAGAUGCCAUAAAUGAUAUUUACAGAGCGCGCAGCGGAGCUGAGUUCCAGGGUGAUUUGGACAGGCCUGCGCUUGGCCAUCAAAAAGGGCAAUCCAGCGCCGGGCCUAUUGAGUUCGAAAGAGAUGUUGCUGGUCAGGAGACGGAAAACGAACACGGGCUAAAGAAACGACGGGUUGAGUAG